UUCACUACUUCCUCAAAUACGCUGCACACAUUCCCGAGUACAACAGACGUAACCAAGCACUGGAAAGCAGGAGAGAGAUAUACACACACACAUCUCGAGCCAUUGGUGUGAAAGGAGGUGACGGUUGAAGAUGCCGCCGUUUCUGCGCAUCGCGUUCAAUUCCUUUGACCUCGGAGCUCUGCCCGAGUCAAAAGAGACUCCCUUCUGUGCCAUCAAGAUGAAAGAGUCGCUCACGACAGAGCGUGGCAUCACCCUGGUGCAGCGCAAGCCCACCAUGUUCCCGGCGUGGAACGCCAGCUUCGACGCCCACAUCUACGAGGGCCGCGUGCUCCACGUGGUGCUGAUGCGCAACGCCGAGGAGCCGCUCUCCGAAGCCACCGUGGGCGUGUCCGUGCUGGCCGAGCGCUGCAAGAAGGGCAACGGCCGCGCCGAGUUCUGGGUGGACAUGCAGCCCUCGGGCAAGGUGCUCAUGGCCGUGCAGUUCUUUGUGGAGGACCAAGUUCCCAAGGCGCCGGCCAAGACGAUGGAGGAGGACGAGCAGGAUGGGGUGAUGACCCUGAACAGGCGGCGCGGGGCCAUCAAGCAGGCCAAGGUGCACUUCAUCAAGAACCACGAGUUCCAGGCCACCUUCUUCAAGCAGCCCACCUUCUGCUCCGUCUGCAGGGAGUUCGUCUGGGGACUCAAUAAGCAAGGAUACAAGUGCAGACAGUGCAACGCAGCCAUCCACAAGAAAUGCAUCGAUAAAAUCAUCGGGAGAUGUACGGGGACGGCAGCCAACAGCCGUGACACAAUGUUCCAGAAGGAGCGCUUCAAGAUUGACAUGCCGCACCGCUUCAAGACGCACAACUACAUGAGUCCCACGUUCUGUGAUCACUGUGGAAGCCUGCUCUGGGGGAUGGUGCGGCAAGGACAGAAGUGUGAAGACUGUGGGAUGAACGUCCACCGUAAGUGCCAGAACAAAGUGGCCAACCUCUGUGGCAUCAACCAGAAGCUGCUGUCUGAGGCACUGACGCAAGUCAGCCAGAAAUCCUCAACAAGACGAUCAGACUCAACCGCAGCAGACAUAGGAAUAUACCAGGACAUCCCCAAACGCCCCGCAGCGGACCCUAGUGGUGCUGACCACGUGUGGCCUGAUGGCCCCAGUCCUGCCGCCCCGUCCACCCCAGCCACCAACAUCAUCCACCAGACCCGUGUAACCAUGAACAGCUUUGCCUUCAGCAAGGUGCUGGGAAAGGGCAGCUUUGGCAAGGUGAUGCUGGCGGAGCUGAAGGGUACCGGGGAGUUUUUUGCGGUGAAGGCCCUGAAGAAAGACGUGGUGUUGAUGGACGACGAUGUGGAGUGCACCAUGGUGGAGAAGAGGGUGCUAGCACUGGCCUGGGACAACCCUUUCCUCACCCACCUCUUCUGCACCUUCCAGACCAAGGAACACUUAUUCUUUGUGAUGGAGUACCUGAAUGGUGGAGACCUUAUGUUUCACAUACAAGACAAAGGGCGCUUCGACCUGUACAGAGCUACGUUCUACGGAGCUGAAAUCAUCUGUGGGCUCCAGUUCCUCCACUCCAGAGGAAUCAUUUACAGAGAUCUGAAGUUGGACAAUGUCAUGCUGGACAGAGACGGACAUGUCAAGAUUGCAGAUUUUGGCAUGUGCAAAGAGAACAUGCUGGGAGAGAACCGUGCCACCACGUUCUGUGGCACCCCAGACUACAUUGCACCUGAGAUCCUACUGGGCCAGAAGUACUCCUUCUCGGUGGACUGGUGGUCAUUUGGGGUGCUGUUAUAUGAGAUGCUGAUUGGCCAGUCACCCUUCCAAGGCGACGAUGAGGAUGAGUUGUUUGAGUCCAUCCGGAUGGACGUGCCCCACUAUCCCCGCUGGAUCACCAAAGAGGCCAAAGACCUGCUGGAGAAGCUGUUCGAGCGAGACUCAACCCGUCGCCUCGGUGUGGUGGGAAACAUCCGAGGACAUAGCUUCUUCAAGACCAUCAACUGGCCGGCCCUUGAGAAAAGAGAAGUGACCCCGCCGUUCAAGCCCAAAGUGAAAUCCCCCAGCGACUGCAGCAACUUUGACCGGGAGUUCCUGAGCGAGAAACCCAACCUCUCGCACUGUGACAAGAACCUGAUCGACUCCAUGGACCAGACGGCCUUCAAAGGGUUCUCCUUCAUCAACCCCAAGAUGGACACCAUUCUGGAGAAGAAGUGAUGUGGACACAUGGACUCUGGCCUACCUACCCCCCACCCUAGUCAAUCGGUGUGCAAUAGAAAGGAGAGGGGGGCAGGGGAGGUGUAUGAUGUUUUUUUUAAGCAGAGGAUGGAGAUAAAGCCAGUGUUACAUUUUAAACACUCCGAAGGAUGGAAGCAACAAAAAAGCUAGUGUUUCCCUCUCCUCUUGUGAUCAAAGCAUUUUAAUCAAUGGACAAUAUGGUGUUAUGGUGGAAUUUAGUGCAAAGGGAGGGAUUGCAUUCUCACUUGAUCAUGUGAUUACACACACACAGACACAGACACAGACACACACACACACACACACACACACACACACACACACACACACACACACACACACACACACACACACACACACACUUUCUACAUUUACUACAUAGCACUGGCAUCAGCCUUGAGAAAAGGGACUGUUUUAUAUUCAUCUUUUAAACCCCAGAUCACUGUUCUGUUUCCUUGGAUGUCUGAGAAAUGUUGUACACUUUGGCCUUACCUCUGUGAAUGACCGUUGCAUACCUCUGGAAUCUGUGAGAAUUGUUCAGCAGAACAAAUGAACAUACAACAAACCUAGGCAUUCUGAAGCGUGUACAGAAAUUACGUAAUAUUUUACCUUCUUACCAGUCCUUUUUUGUGGUACCCCUUGUAAAAUUUGGGCCGGUUGUUGCACUAAUGCUUUGACACACAUACUCCCUAUGUGGCCAUACCAGCACAUAUCUUAGUGCUACAUGUAGCCAGACAGACAAAACUGAAUGGUAUUGCUAAAAAAGGUACCUAUUGGUGUAAUGAGAUGCUCUCUGGAUUAAAAUAGUUUUAAGUAUUUGUAAUAUUACUUGAAUGUUGGUAUUUUAACUAAAGAAGUCAGAUUUUGUAUAUAUAAAAUAUAUGUAUAUUGCUCAACCUUUUAUUAUUGGGGGGCUAAGGAUCUUCUUUUUUUACUGUCUUGGGGAUACAAAAUUGAACUGCAGAGACCAAUAAAGGCAUUUAAAUCCCAGAAACAA